GGACAAGAGCUGCUGCCGAAGCUUUCAUCGAUGGCGACGAAUCCGACGUUUCAGCUUUUCUCUUCUUCUAACGAUAAGUCUUCAUCCCAAGGUUUAGGGUUCUUCGAUUCACCAGAACCACCUCGUCCUCCACCGCCUCCUCCUGUUGAAGUAUUAUCCUCCGAGGUAUCGUCUUCCUCCGUUGCUUUCACAGUGGAUAAAGUGAAUAUCGGCGACGUCACUCUUUUGAAGGGUCGUGUUAACACUAAAGAGGUCUUUGGAUUGCCUAAUUCUGAUUUGGUUCCUGGUGUAUAUGAAGGUGGGCUUAAGCUUUGGGAAGGAUCUAUAGAUCUUGUCAAAGCUCUUGAGAAAGAAUCACAAACUGGCAACAUUUCAUUCUCCGGUAAACGCGUCCUCGAGCUUGGAUGUGGUCAUGCACUUCCAGGAAUCUACGCGUAUCUCAAGGGUGCAGAUGCAGUUCAUUUGCAGGAUUUCAAUGCUGAGGUCCUCCGAUGUCUCACCAUCCCGAAUCUGAAUGCUAAUAUGUCCGAGAAGUCUCCAUCUGACUCAGUUGGUGAUACAGAAGUACGCUUCUUUGCUGGGGAGUGGAGUGAAGUUCAUCAGCUUCUUCCACUAGUUAAUGUUGGUGAGACUGAUAAGAAGGGUGGUUAUGAUGUCAUUCUAAUGGCUGAGACAAUUUAUUCCAUCUCCGCUCAGAAAAGUCUCUAUGAACUGGUUAAAAGGUGCUUGGCCUAUCCUGAUGGAGCAGUGUACAUGGCUGCAAAGAAGUACUAUUUUGGGGUUGGUGGAGGGACAAGGCAGUUCCUGUCUAUGAUAGAGAAAGACGGCGUUCUUGCGUCAACCUUGGUGUCCGAAGUCAAAGAUGGCUCCUCCAAUGUCAGGGAGGUAUGGAAGCUUUCGUACAAGUCAUAGUUCAUCCGGGAUUCAACAUCCCUCUCUGGUCCAACGUUUCAUCAAGUCUAGUGGGGUUUGUUGGUGCUCAUCAAAAACUAGAAAACUCAAAAUGUCCUCUAUGUUAAACUUACAGAUUAUGUUGACUUAAUCAUCAACUUGGCAUCGCUUAAUUCGUACUUUGAUGCGGUCUCUGACUAAACAAAACGCUUAUUUAUUCUGCCCUUGAUUCCCUCCGGACCUAAGUACCAAACUAGGCAUGGGCGUUUGGUUCUGCUCGGGUUUUUCGGAUUUCAGUUUUUGUAACAUGUUCUAAGUCACAUACUAAUAAAUUUGGUGUGGGGACUGUUUC